AUGGCAAAGGGCCAAAGCAAUGCAGAGGGUGAAUACUGGGCUAAGUACCACUCAGGGUGGGUGGAAGAAUAUGAUGACUGGACCGCCAACACACACAGAUCAUUUCAUUUUCUCUUUCAUAUUCUCUUUUUUUUUUUUUUUUUUUUUUCCUUCUCUCUCUCUCAUACAUGCACACAUUCAUGUUACCCUUUCUCUCUUUCAGUUCUUGCUAAUUCUUCUUUUUCUUCUUCCUCCUCCUUCUUCUUACCUCUCCACCCUCUCUGUCUGACAAACUCCAAAGAUACUGGGGCACUCUCCCCGCUCAUUUUUUUUCUUUUUUUUUUCCUCUCCCUGGAGUCGGGAGCCACUCUUUCUUUACCCCUCACUCCCUUUCCCUUGUUUCUCCUCCUCCUCCUCUGGCACGUGCCUGUCUCUUGCAUUUGUUCUUUUGUCACCUUUUCCUCCCCCAUUACUUCGUUCCCUCCUCUCUCUAAAAUCAUCGAUGACGCCGACGACGAUGAUUCUGCUGGGCAUCGUCCCCAUAUAACGCCAUCCACCAAUUGUUGUGAUAAAUAUAAGCUGUAA